AUAAGCUAGCUUCAUUCCAAACCUCAUGCCUCCUUUACCCAGAAGAGAAAAAAUGCUCUUUUACUUUCUUCUUCUUCCGUAGUCUCCUCUGCUUCAGAAUCCACUUCCGAUGUUGAGAUUUCUCUCGCCAAAAUAUUCCUUUACCUUCUUCUAGCAUCCCGUAGCUCCCAAAAUGGCGGCUGUCGGCUCCCUCUCGCUUCCUUCAAUUGGACAAUCUUCCAACGGGAGGAGGGUCUCUGUUCCAUCACCGAUUCCUUCAUUUUCUACCAAUCAUCUCGCCUUUCGGAUUCGCACCAACUUUUCCAAUCAUACCUUUGGAAUUCGAACCUCAAACUCGACUACCCACUUUGCGAUUCAUUGCAUGGCUUCUGCAUCAGAUGUGCCCACUGUUUCUGAAACGAAGUUGAAUUUCUUGAAAGCCUAUAAACGACCGAUCCCAAGCAUAUAUAACACAGUACUGCAGGAGCUAAUAGUUUUGCAGCACCUGAUGAGAUAUAAGAGAACAUACAGUUAUGAUGCUGUCUUUGCCCUUGGAUUUGUGACUGUUUAUGACCAACUUAUGGAAGGCUAUCCAAGAGAUGAGGACCGGGUGGAAAUUUUUGAAGCAUAUAUCAAGGCUCUAAAUGAGGACCCUGAUCAAUAUAGAAAUGAUGCAAAAAAGCUGGAGGAAUGGGCUCGUGCUCAAAAUGCAAGUUCGUUGAUUGACUUUACUUCGAGAGAAGGAGAAGUUGAAGGCAUACUAAAAGACAUUGCAGAGAGAGCAGGGGGUAAAGGGAGCUUUAGCUAUAGUCGUUUCAUUGCUGUUGGGUUGUUUCGCCUCCUCGAGCUGGCAAAUGCAAGUGAACCAACCAUUCUAGAGAAACUAUGUGCGGCAUUAAACAUAGACAAGAAAAGUGUGGAUCGUGAUCUUGACGUGUACCGCAAUCUAUUAUCUAAGCUGGUUCAAGCAAAAGAGCUUCUCAAGGAAUAUGUAGACAGGGAGAAGAAGAAAAUGGAAGAGAGGGCGGCAGAAUCACAAAAGGCCAACGAGGCAAUUACAAAAUGCGUUGGGGAAUACCAACAAGUGGAAAGGUAAAAACCGAGGGUACCCUCCAACAAUUGUUUUUUUGUUGUUGUCUACUUGUUCUAUUGUGAUUGAGUUUAUGAUCUUCGAAUAAUCGAAACUCACCUUUUACCAUCUUCAGCCUGGUGUUAGUAUUUUAUGCCAUUCCCAUGCUUCCUAAACAUUCUAUGCUGUAUUCUGGUGUAUAAUAUAUAAACCAACAAUUUCCUUGAAAUGAAAUGCAGGAAACUUGAUAAUAUUA